AUGCAUUGUGAUUGGCUAUUCUGAUUUAUGAAUAAAAAAAAAAUAGGCUUGAUGUUUUAACUGGUGUUCGAUUUUCGAUAUAUUCUUGAAUUUUGACAAUUAAUUUAUUUAUUCGAGGCAUAGAAAUUAUCAAUAAGCUUAUAAAAUGUCGCACACAAUUCUUUUGGUUCAACCGGGACAAAGACCUGAGACGAGAACAUAUUCAGACUACGAAAGCGUUAAUGAUUGUAUGGAGGGUGUCUGCAAGAUAUACGAGGAACAUUUAAAACGGAGAAACCCAAAUACGCCGACAAUAACAUAUGAUAUUUCACAACUAUUUGAUUUUAUAGACCAAUUAGCAGAUCUUAGUUGUCUUGUGUACCAAAAGUCAACCAACACCUAUGCUCCAUACAAUAAAGAUUGGAUAAAAGAAAAGAUUUAUGUAUUACUACGCCAAGCAGCUGGACAAGGUGAUUAAAUUAACAUAAGAAAGUAAAUGGUCUGCCAAGGUUUGUAAUGGAUAAAUGGUAUUAAUUGUUUCAAUACAAUAUUCAUGACAGUUUGUUUAAUUUUUUUUUAUAAAAUGCAAUGUGCACUAAAAUACUUAUUAAUGUAUGUUAAUAACUUAAUAAAUACUUCAUUGUAUAUGGUUAGGAAAGUGUUUUACUGCAGUUGUUAAAAUUUCAUGUAUAACCCACAAACAACAUACAGUAGAAAUGUGUUAUAACAACAUUGAAGGGAGGGACUACUCAUAUUUGAUAGUAAAAACUGAUACUUGUAACAGGCGAUGACAUUUUUAUUAGGUAUAAUAGAAUUCAGCCGGGAUCUUUGUUUUUGGUCAAUAUAACCAGUAUGUUGUUCUAAAUGAUGUUGUCGUAAACAGUUUGUCUGUAAUACUUUCUUAACAUCUAACAUACAAAAAUUUUGUCAAAGACCUUCAUCGCAAACUGAGGCAUAACCUAGGUAGGAAGUAAAUCUGAUAUAUGUAAAUGAAAUCCUGUAACUUUUGAUUUUAAAGCAUACAAAGUUAUAUUUAAUGUAAUAAGUUUUUUGUCAGACAUUAAAUUUUGCCGAAAUUAAAAAAAAAAUCAGUUUUAACAUCAUAUUUAAGUGUUUCAUGUAUAUUUUUGCUACAUUAAGGUGGUUUGUAGUUGUCAAAGGUGCUUCAAAAGAACUAUUGUUGGUAAUUGGAGCCAUAUAGGUUAUAGAUGCUUUUUCACCUGCCUGCACAUUAUGCAAGCCACCCAGUGUAGACAAAACUAAAUUUCUGUAAAGGGAGCAAAAACUAUGUCCAUAGAAUUUUUUUUUACUUUUUUUAAAUAUAACUUCAUACUAAAUACAGUGUGUAUAUCAAAAGACAGUUUGACACAAACUGCCAAUUUUUGUUUUGUUUAAACUCCUUUUAUUAGUGAUAAGUAUCAAUAAAGAUUUAAUUGUGUA